CCGGCCCGCCAUGGGCUCCCCGCCGCCCGCCCGACGGGGCUUCUACCGCCAGGAGGUGACCAACACGGCCUGGGAGGUGCGCGCCGUCUACCAGGACCUGCAGCCCGUGGGCUCGGGCGCCUACGGCGCGGUGUGCUCCGCGGUGGACAGCCGCACGGGCGCCAGGGUGGCCAUCAAGAAGCUGUACCGGCCUUUCCAGUCCGAGCUGUUCGCCAAGCGCGCUUACCGCGAGCUGCGGCUGCUCAAGCACAUGCGGCACGAGAACGUGAUCGGGCUGUUGGAUGUGUUCACUCCUGACGAGACCCUGGAGGACUUCACAGACUUCUACCUGGUAAUGCCGUUCAUGGGUACCGACCUGGGCAAGCUCAUGAAGCAUGAGACUCUGAGUGAGGACAGAAUCCAGUUCCUUGUUUAUCAGAUGCUGAAAGGGCUGAAGUAUAUCCAUGCCACUGGUGUCAUCCACAGGGACCUCAAGCCUGGCAAUCUGGCUGUGAAUGAAGACUGUGAACUGAAGAUCCUGGACUUUGGCUUGGCUAGACAGGCAGACAGUGAGAUGACAGGCUAUGUGGUAACUCGGUGGUACCGGGCGCCUGAGGUCAUCUUGAAUUGGAUGCAUUACACACAGACAGUGGACAUCUGGUCAGUGGGCUGCAUUAUGGCGGAGAUGAUUACCGGGAAGAUACUGUUCAAGGGCAGCGAUCACCUGGACCAGCUGAAGGAGAUCAUGAAGGUGACAGGGACACCCCCUGCUGAGUUCGUGCAGAAGCUGCAGAGUGACGAGGCUAAGAACUACAUGAAGGGUCUUCCUGAGCUAGAGAAGAAGGAUUUUGCCUCUGUCCUGACCAAUGCAAGCCCUAAGGCUGUGGAUCUCCUGGAGAAAAUGCUGGUGCUGGAUGCCGAGCAGCGGGUAACUGCAGUGGAGGCCCUGGCCCAUCCCUACUUUGAGUCUCUGCAGGACACGGAGGAUGAGCCCAAGGCCCUGAAGUACGACGACUCCUUCGAUGACGUGGACCGCACCCUUGAGGAGUGGAAGCGUGUCACUUACAAAGAAGUGCUCAGCUUCAAGCCUCCCAGGCACCUGGGGGCCAGGGUCUCCAAGGAGACAGCUCUGUGAUCAUCUCUGCUGCCAUGGGGACACCCUAAGAGCUUGGGCUUCAAGGUGCCAUCUCUCCUUCCUGAGAGGGGAACCCACAGUACCAUCCUGGACUUUACUUGAAGUCUACUUGGAGAAAAUGAGUCCCUCCUCCCCAAGCCUGCACUCUGGGGUCCCCAGCUAGCCUUGCUGGCCAUCUGAGCUUUCUGUACAGAAUUCUUACCCAACAUUGGACUGGCCUUUGACCUCUGGAGCCAUGCCCCUCCACCAGGGUGCACAAAAAGCUUCAAAGCUAGCAGGGCUCAGGAGCCAGUGCUGGCUUUUGAACCCUGCUGCACUGCACUAUGUCUAGGCCAGUUUUUCAGAAAGGGAAGAAGAGGGAAGAAGCAGAGUGUUGAUCAGGGACAGUACCUCUCCUUGGGGAUGGCCAGCCUGGAAUGUAAACUAGCCAUUUUAUGCUCACCUGGCUGACAGGAAAUAAACUUUUUGUAGAUACUCCA